AUACACUGCGGGAAGUAUCACACAUAUUAUUCUUAGAUACACAGCUUAGAGUUUGCAGUAUCACACAUGUUAUGAAUAGAUAGCUGAGGGAGUUGUCUGCGGCCUCAGCCAAUCAGGGACGCACUCAGAAGAGCUCUCGCCUCUCUUCCACAAAUGUUUGGAGAGCAGAGGGGAGGAGCGGACACUGGAUUUCACAGGGCGCAUAGACCUUUAGGUCUCCGCCUCCAAGGUGACGCAAAGCUGAAGCCACGCCCCAUCUGUAAGAGCGGUGUGAGGUGCAAAUCUGCGCCCCGUGCAGACUUGCUUCCGCCCCACCCCUCAGCGGGACAAGAGGGGGAACCCGGAAAAUGGGCGGAUCUACCUUCAGGGUGACGCAUCGCUGAGGCCCCGCCCCGUGUGUGAAGGAGGUCCCGGCCUGUGUCCAUGGGCUCCGGAGCUCUGUCCGCCGGGCCCCAGGCGCCCCCCGACCCCCCACAAGAAGAUGAAGAAGCGGAAAGAGCUGAACGCCCUGAUCGGUCUGGCGGGGGACGGUGGGAGGAAGAAGCACAAGAAAGGUUCCGGGCACCGGCUCCUCCGCACCGAACCCCCGGCCUCAGACUCCGACACCUACUCGGAGGAGGACGAGUUCUCUUCCCCGGGGGAGAGACGCGGCCGCUGCGGGAGAUGGAGCGUUCUGCAGUGCUGCCGCUUGUGUUACCCUCUUUGCGGCUUCAUCGUGUUGGCGGCGUGCAUGGUGAUGUGUAUCGGCCUGGUCUGGAUGCAGGUUGCCUUGAAGGAGAACAUAGACUCCCUUAAGGAACAGUUCAAAACAAUGGAGUCCAUUCAGCAGAAUUCAGUCCAAGAAGUCCCAAAAAUCAAUGAAGACUUGUUGGUUAAAGAGAAACGUCUGAAGGAGAUUGUGAGUGGAGACCAGGGGUUAAAUAGACUGUGGACAAAUAUCACAGAGGUGAAUAGGCAGAUCGCACUCUUGACCAGCGCUGUAAAUCAGCUGAAGACGAGUCUGAAGUCAGCAUCCGAUCUGAUCAACCUUCCUAAAACAAUGGAGGAGCUGCAAAAGAGCGUGGCCACGUUGGGCAGUACAGUCACCAGCAUCCAUCAUGAUGUGGAGACACUACAGACGGCAGCCGAGGAGCAGAGGAAGAAGGCGGAGGCCCUGCAGAAGGAUCUGGUCACUUCCCAGCUUUUGGGUACAGGCCUCAGCCCCUUGGUACAGGUGCAGAGCUCCCUGGAGGAUCUGAACGGCACAGUGCAGUUGUAUGUGAGGCAGAACGAACUGCGGCUCUACAACAUGGACUCCAUUAUUUCUAACAUAAGCCAUAGAGUGGCGGCCAUGGAGAGCAAUCAUGUACUGCAAAGUAAGGAGGACGGGGCCAUGGUGGAAAAUUCAACAGAUUCAAGUAAUGAAAGUCGAGCGGACGUCUCGGAGAGCUCAAAGCGAGAAGAUGCCUCAGCGAUUCGCCAGCAGCUGCAGCUUAUCCACGUCCUGACCAAAGCCCCAGACAGUGAUAAGGAGACGGCGGGUGACGCUGUGGCCUCUCCGCCCCCUUUGGAAAAGAAGAAUCCGAGGUCUGUGCUGAGAAGACGAGAGCGGCGUGCUUUGUCCUUACCGGGAAUCUCUACAUUACAAGAUCUUGAGGAGUUCUUCCGGACGUCUCCUCAGGGGAUAGAUGGGACACUUUCCAUGGAAGAUCUGGAGCUCCUUCUGGGUCUGCUGCUGCGUCACUCACUGAAGAAUUACGAUGUAAAUGGAGACGAUCGCUUCUCACUGACAGAACUGAAGCCACUGGUUGUGUAGUUGGAUGUGAUAGCUGCUCACUAUAGGGAUCACUGAGCCCCACAAUGGCUGGACAGAUAGGAAGUCAUUUAUCUUUAGUCUGAAAGUCUCAUCCUCUAGUUUACAUGAACUUGCCUUAAACUUGUGUCUUGCACUUUACCCCUCCCCCCUGUACAUAGACCUGAGGACGGUGCCCAUAGCAGAUUUGUGGAAUGUAGCUGAGCUCAGGACAAAAAAAAAAAAUAAUAAAAAUGGGGGGGGAAUCAUGAACCCAGGGCAAGAGAUCCUCAGCCCCACUGAUGCUUCCAGAAACCUGCACAAAAGGGAGUGUACUCAGCCAGGAUUUUAGCUGCAUUAGUUUUGUGGGGGUGGAGCAGCCUGCGGAGUGACUGGUGUCCAGUGUGUUGGUCACUUGGUGGUGACCAUCUUUACCUUGGACAAGUGUACUUUACAUGGAGUGUGGUAAGUGACGAAGGUCUUCCAUUCAAAGCCAAAACCUUAGCAUGAAAUGACAGGGCUCCACAUCCAUAGGGGAGACCCUUCCUAUACAGAUCUGGCCUAGGAAGGCUCAUGUGAUUAUUCAGCUCCAAAGUUGUACAUUUC